AUGGUAACAACUCUGGUGAGUGGUGAUAACAGCAAUGAUGAACUAGUUGUUGAAAACGGACAAUGUGCUGCACAUGAGUUAGUGGCUGAUCCAACAGAGGAGGAAGGAGAAUAUUCUUUUGAGUAUAAUGGACACAAUGUCUUUCGCAUCCUUGACAUAGUCUCCGAUGAAUACUUGAUUUACAUUCUCAAGAAUGGAAACAAUGGGGAUGGCUUUCGGCUGAUGGGACUGUACGGCCGAGGACCUGAUGUGAGCUCAGAAAUCAGGGAAAAGUAUGUGCAACUGAGUCAAGAACAUGGCAUCGUGAAGGAAAACAUACUGGACCUAACCAAGACUGAUCGCUGCCUCCAAGCCCGAGACCAGGCAUAGGCCUAAGCCCUCAGGUAACUGCCUACUCACCUCAGCACCAGCCUCUCUGCAUCCUGGCCAUCACAUCUCUCCAGGUCAAGUUCUAGGGCCUGAUUCCUGUCCCUACUGCUGCAUGUAAAGAUGGUCUCCACACAUCCUCAGGAUUGUCCCUAACUGCCAGCA